CCUAUUAUUUUGAGAAUUCGCCAAAUUUCAAAAGAAAACGUAAAUUUAAUGUCAUGACAACGAUACUUUAUCUCAUUCUAUUCUUUUCGAUCUAAAAUUCAAUACCCAAACCCACUCACUUUCUCUUUCGUUUUUCUCAGGUAACCAAUGGCAGGAAAGGGAGGGAAAGGUCUUGUUGCUGCGAAAACCACCGCCGCUAACAAAGACAAAGACAAGAAAAAACCCACUUCCCGUUCGUCUCGUGCCGGAAUUCAGUUUCCUGUGGGUAGGAUUCACAGACAGCUGAAACAAAGAGUCCAGGCCAAUGGACGUGUGGGAGCAACUGCUGCAGUGUAUUUGGCUUCCAUUCUGGAGUAUCUGACGGCAGAAGUUCUUGAACUUGCUGGAAAUGCAAGCAAAGAUCUGAAGGUGAAGAGGAUAACACCAAGGCAUUUGCAGCUAGCUAUAAGGGGAGAUGAAGAGCUUGAUACCCUUAUUAAAGGGACCAUUGCUGGUGGUGGUGUCAUCCCUCAUAUUCACAAGUCCUUGAUCAACAAAACCUCCAAGGAAUGAGCUCUUUUGCUUCUGGUUUCAUGAGGAUGUUUUACUUUAACUAGGUUGUGUUUGUUAUUAUGAUUAUGAUGACUUGAAAUGGUGAUCACAGUAGGGUAGUGUUAGAAUUGAUAUGUUAGUGUGUAAAUGGUGGCAUUUUUAUGUGAUCCUUUGACUUGUUUAAUUUGUCUGUCUUAAAGAGUUGCGAUGCUGUUUGAGGAUUUAGACCAUGCUUUCUUUUACAUAAAAAUUGCGACUUGUAGUCCUUACUCUUUA